AUGCUCUCCCAAUUCGCCCGUUCUGCCCGACCCACCGCCUCCCUCCGCACCACGCUCCUGACUCAGCGAGGUUUCCACGCCACCAGGAUCGCCCGAGACCAUUUCCUGGAUGCUACCCCCGAAGCGUUCGAGAAGAGGGCGUUGGAUGCUGGUAAUGCCAAGCCUGUUUUGGUCGACUUUUAUGCCGACUGGUGUCAGCCCUGCCGAGUGCUUUCGCCACUGCUGAAAGCGGUCACUGGCCCCGAAACAGAAUUCGACCUCAUGACCGUCAACGUCGACAACCACCCUGAAAUCGCUGGCAACUACAAGAUCAGUGCUCUGCCAACCGUGGUCGCUUUCAAGAAUGGUGCCGUCAAGAACAAGUUUGUCGGUUUCAAGGGACAGGACGAUAUCAACAAGUUCUUGGGCAUGCUCUAA